AUGAAGUACACCACUGCCGCCCUGGCGCUCGCCGCCUCCGUCUACGCCAAGACCGACCUCGACGGCUGCACCUCGUUCACCAGCUGGGUGACGGUGCGUCCCGAGCCCGGCUACGGCAACACCUACCAGAGCAUCGUCUGGUACGUCCCCGACUCGCUCGAGAUCUGCCAGUUCGUCGACUGCGGCGGCGGCCGCGCGCCUCCCAAGAGCGUCCCCGGCUGCCCCCUGUACCAGGGCACCGAGACCGUGACGCCCAGCUUCCUCGCGUCCGACCCCAUGAAGACGGAGGAGCCCAAGACCGUGGCCACGGCCACGGCGCCCGAGGCGAGCAGCACGGCCAUUGUCGAGGAGACCAGGAGCGUGGCCACGGCUACCGCGCCCGACCUGAGCAGCUCCGCCGCCACCUCGGCCAUGGUCACUGUCACGACCACCUCGGCUGUCGUCUCUACCGUCACCGAGACGCCUGCGACUACCGCGGGCCCUGGCGGGGAUGGUGAGGAGGAUGGUGGCGCGGAGGAGACCAGCACGGACACCAGCACGGACACCCCUGGCGCGGCCAUGCCCACUGCCAUGGUUGGCUUGAACAUGCUCGCUGGUGCCGCUGCCGCCGCUUUCCUUCUGUAA